AUGGAAAAAGAAAAACAAGAAAUGCAUUAUUUGCCUGGGGCUUCAGCAGCAGGGGCGAAGACAGCAGCGGGGAAGCAGCAGCAGCAGCAGCAGCAGCAGCAGCAGCAGGCAGCAGCAGCUUCAGCAGCGGGGGCUACCCGCCCUCGAGCGGGUCUGCGGCGGAGGGCGACGAGGCCGCGUCCGCCCUUGCUGCUGCGGGCAGCAGCAGCAGCGCAGCAGCAGCAGCAGCAGCAGCAGCAGCAGCAAGCAGCAGCAGCAGCAGGGGACGCAGGGGACGCAAACCUAGAGCUAUUAACCCCACACAACUCACUCCUAAAGAAUACCACAGACUCUACAGGGCUUUGCUGCGCUAUGGGUCUGUGGAAAGGAGACUCGGAGACAGUGGAAGCAAAGCUGCAGCGAGUUGCUGCUGCAGUGGUGACUGCAGCAGCAGCAGAGAUCGUGGCGGCCUGCAGAGACAGGCUCAGCCAGCCCCCCGCCAAACCUGCUGCUGCUGCUGCUGCUGCUGCUGCUGCAGCAGCAAGGAAGGGCAGCAAAGCCAGCAGAGAUGAGGAAGAUGAUGAAGAAGACCAAGACCAAAGCAGCAGACAAAAGGAAGAAGAGGAAGCCAAAGAAGGGCGUUCGUACUUCACGCAAAUAGGAGACACGCGGGUGAACGCGUGGGACUUGAUAGAGCGGCUGCAGCUGCUGCAGCUGCUGCACGAAGUGUUUGAGCAGCAGCACCCCAACUGUGCUGCUCCUUGGCGGCUGCCGACGGGGCCCUUGUCUGCGGACUACUCGGGGCUGCAGCAGCAGCAGCAGCAGCAGCAGGUGCUGCUGCUGCAGCAGCAGCAGCAGCAGCACGACGGGGAAGGCCUCCCGCAAGACGCGGCGCAGGCGGCUCACGGGGACCCCGCUGCUGCUGCUGCUGCUGCUGCUGCUGCUGAGCAGGGACAGUGUGCAGCGGAUCCAGGGGGGCCGCCAGCUGCUGCAGCAGAUGCUGCUGCUGCUGCUGCUGCUGCUGCGACGGCAGCAGCUGGAGCGGAGCAGCAAGCCGUUGGGACCGACGACGAGCAGCAAGAGGGAGCAGCAGCAGCAGCAGCAGCGCAGCAGCAGCAGCAGCAGCAGCAGCUCGACAGCAGCAGCGGAAUGAAAGGUUUCCCACCUCCCCACGGAGGAGGUACAGAGACAUUUCUGACUCAGCUCGAAGCAGUGGGGCAGCAGCAGCAGCAGCAGCAGCAGCAGCAGCAGCAGCAGCAAGACUGUGACGCUUCAUCGAUCCGGCGGAAGACAGGCUUUUUGGUUUUUAUUUAUUUUAUUUUAAAUUAA